AUAGUUUAAAGGGGGGAAAUUGGAAGAACUUCUCUGGCCGUGAUGGGACAAUUAAGCAAAAGAGUAAGAUGCACGUAUAAUAAAGUCAACUAGACGCAUCUUCUUAACUCUUCCAUUUCCUCCUUAUGGAUAUCCUUUAUUCUUCCUUAAUUUUCCAACAGUUGAAGAAAUGGUGAGUAAUAUACCAUACUUUACAGCUUUAACCACCUACUUCAGCUGUGCCAUACUCUUCGCCUUUGGCAAACUUCGUGAUACCAUCACAAAGAUCUGGUGCCAUUCCACUAAUGAUCUUCAGGGAUAUGCACCCAUCAGCGAAGGACAUGAAGAUUUCAUUAUGCGAUUAUAUCUUCGCAUUGAGGCGGACGGAAAAUGUUUCAAGGUGCCUUAACCUGGGAUCAUAUAAUUAUCUUGGUUUUGCUGCAUCUGAUGAAUAUUGUUCACCUCGCAUAAUUGAAUGUCUGAAAACUUUUUCCGCAAGCACUUGCAGUACCCGUGUUAACGGAGGAACAACAACAGUACAUACUGAAUUAGAAGAGCAUGUGGCUAAAUUUGUUGGAAAACCAGCUGCUAUUGUUUUUGGCAUGGGUUAUGCAACAAACUCGGCCGUGCUUCCUGUCUUGAUAGGAGAGGGAGGUUUGAUUAUUAGUGAUUCUCUGAACCAUGGCUCGAUUGUAAAUGGAGCUAGAGGAUCUGGAGCCACCAUUUGUGUUUUUCAACAUAACACACCAUCGCACUUAGAGAGAGUUUUACGAGAGAAUAUUGCUGAGGGACAACCUAGAACUCAUAGACGGUGGACUAAGAUAAUUGUUGUGGUGGAAGGCAUAUAUAGCAUGGAAGGGGAGCUUUGCAAGCUUUCAGAGAUAAUUGCCAUUUGCAAGAAGUACAAGGCAUAUGUUUAUUUGGAUGAGGCUCACAGCAUUGGAGCAGUUGGUAAAACAGGAAAAGGGGUCUGUGAGCUCUUGGGAGUAGAUACUGCAGAUGUGGAUGUAAUGAUGGGAACCUUCACAAAGUCAUUCGGAUCCUGUGGGGGUUAUAUUGCAGGAUCUGAGGAACUUAUUGAAUAUUUGAAGUACACUUGCCCAGCACAUCUAUAUGCAAUAUCCAUAUCACCUCCAGCUGCCCAACAAAUCAUUUCUGCUAUUAAGGUUUUGCUUGGUGAAGAUGGUUCAAAUAGAGGGGCACAGAAAAUAGCACGCCUGCGUGAAAAUAGCAACUUCUUCCGCUCUGAACUGCAGAAGAUGGGUUUUGAUGUUCUAGGAGACUACGAUUCACCUGUGAUGCCUAUAAUGCUCUAUAAUAUUGCAAAAUUACCUGCCUUUUCUCGAGAGUGCCUUAAACAGAAUGUAGCCGUUGUGGUAGUUGCUUUUCCAGCUACCCCUUUACUUUUGGCCAGAGCACGCAUAUGUAUCUCUGCUGCCCACUCAAGGGAAGAUCUCAUCAAAGCAUUGGAGGUUAUCAGCAAAGUUGGUGAUCUAGUGGGUAUAAAAUACUUGCCAGGUGAGCCCAAGAAACAACCACUGCCAGAAGAAAACAGCACCAAGCUAAACUGUCGCAUAAGCAAAAGUUUGUGCAAACACUCGCAGAACAACGGUUUUUGAGUCCACAUGCACUAUUUAACAAUCUGACAGAUUGAUGUCAUUUGUGUUAAUGCUUUGAAAAAUACAGAAUUACAAAUUUUAAACUUACGUAACAAAACUUCAAAAUGGACAAGAAGUUUAGUUCUAAUUUUAAAAUGCAAAAGUUCUAAAUCAGUUAAUUA